GUGAUUGUGCUAUGGGAUCUAAAGUGAUAUUGUUAUGUAUCGCCCUCUCAGCUGUACAUGCAGUGCACGCUCAGAUAUGGGAGUUCGGAGUUGACACACUACCGGCAGCCAUUAUAGUUUCUGUAUAUAAGGGCAGUUUUACGUUAUUCCAAAAAGAACAAAAAAUACAAUUAAUAGUACCACCAUGCCAUGUUCUAACAUACGUGAACGUGGAAGUGAAUAACUUCUUCUCCACUCCAAAAGUGCACUUGAACAAAGAUACUUAUGUAGUGACGAUAACUUACUCCUUACUGCAACUAAGUCCAUCAAGAUUCACAAUUGUUGCGAAAGGAGUGGCACAAAAUGGUUGCAAUGUUCAACAGCAACAUUCAGUUCCACCUCCUCAGCAAGCUCAACAGAACAUGGUAGGGCCAAGACCAGUCCAACAGAGUUCAUAUCGACACUAUUGAGUUCAAGUCGUAUCUCUUAACACCAGUUCCAAUAACCUGCCUGUUUGCAGAUCAGAUAGUUGAUGAUAGAAUUUUGAUAGU